GUCAACUCACAUUAUUUACUGUCAAAUGUUUGUUUUCAUCUGCACUUAUAGCAACUCACAUUCAAUAUUUGUGAAAUUUCUAAUAAGUUAUGGAGUUAACUAAUGCAAAUCAAGAUGAGAAAACUACAGAGGGUAAUGAAGUUCCUCAAACAAAUAAGAAGCGUAGGAACCCAUUCAAUACACAACUACGUAAAGAAGAUAAAGAACGGCGACAGAAGAAGAAAGCUCGAAUAAUUGCAAGAAAUAUAAGCUAUAAAGUGCAAGAAGAUGCCUUGCGCAAACAUUUUAGUCAGUGGGGUGAUGUUGAAGAAUUAAAUCUUCUUAAGCGGCCGGAUGGAAAAUUAGUGGGAUGUGCAUUUAUACAAUACAGUGCCGUAAACCAAGCUUCCAAAGCUAUUUUAAAAGGAAAUAAUACGAAAUUUCUCGGACGACCACUGUACAUCGAUUGGGCUUUAGGUAAAGAUGAAUACACUAAUAAAAAGAAGGAGCAAAACCCGGAAGAACCUGAUGAAAAGAAGCCUAAAAUAGAGAUCAAAGAAGAAAACGAAGACGAAUUGGAGGACUCUACCAAUGACGAGUCGGAAAAUGACGAGGAAGAGGAAUCAGUUGAUGAUAAUGUUCGGGAAAGUGACAACGAAGAUGAAAGGAAUAGUAUAGGAAAUAACAAAGAUUCGGAUUCAGAUGAGAAGUUAAAAUUAAAAUUGAAAAUUAAAAAAGUGGACAAAGAAAAGAACAUAUCCAAUGAUGUGCAGAAUGGUUGCACGAUAUUCGUGAAAAAUGUCAACUUCGAUGCAGAGGAUACUGAAGUACGUAAAGUAUUUCGCAAAUUCGGACCACUUAAUUAUGCAAUUAUCAACAGAGAACCGAUCUCAAGACACUCAAAGGGUACAGCCUUUGUCAAGUUUAAGAAUAAAGAAUCGGCUGAUCUUUGUUUACAAUCUGGUGGUGAACUCUAUUUAAUGGAUCAGCUCCUUGAAUUAUAUCCAGCGUUAAGCAGAACUGAAGUUCAAAACCAAGAAAAGUUGAAAUCAAAUAAAGAAAUCGCAAAAGAUUCGCGUAACUUGUAUUUAGCCAGAGAAGGUCUUAUUAUGGCUAAUAGUAAGUCUGCUGAAGGAGUGUCUGCAUCUGACAUGACUAAGCGACACAAACUGGAGCAAGUAAAAACUCAAGUUUUAAAAAAUCUUAACCGAUUUGUUUCAAGAAAUCGCCUUUCAAUUCAUAAUUUGCCACUGAAUUUCGAUAACGAAAAACUCAAGAAAAUGGUUAUGACUUAUACAGGUUACAGGACUCAUGAAUGCAGAGUAAUGCGAGAAAAUAAAAUUACACCAGAACAUCCGAAUGGAAAAUCCAAAGGCUUUGGGUUUAUGUCUUUCAGCACCCAUCAGGAAGCAUUAGCAGCAUUGAGAAAACUUAAUAACAAUCCCACAAUAUUUGGAACUCAACAUCGGCCAAUUGUAGCUUUCAGUAUUGAAGAUAGAACAGUUGAGAAAAUCAAGGAAAAACGCAAAGAAAAAUCCAAACUUAACAAUCCUACUUUCAAAGAGAAAUUGGAAAAGCGAAAAGAAAUGCGUAAUCAGAAAAGAAAAGGAAAACUAAAUCAAAUCAAAAAUAUACCUCAGACUGAUGAUAAGGCGAAACUAAAGAAACACAUAAAAAAACUCGAAGAAUCGCGAGCUGCAUCUAAAACUAGUGAGAAAGAUACAGCAAUAGAAGAGACCGAAGAUUUCGUGGGUACAGCAGCAAAACCUGGCUCCAACAUACGUUUACGAUCAAACAAAAAAAUUGCCGAACAGGCACAGGAUCAUAAGAAAAAUGUAAAAGCAAACAAACGCAAAGAGAAAGCCAAAAAAAUUCGCCAAAUUCACUUGGCUGAGCGAAAAGCGGUUGAUAGGCCAAAACAAGGCAGAAAAGAAGAACAUGACGAUUUAGAUCAUCUGGUGAAGAAGUAUAAACGCAUGAUAGAUAGUCAAGCUAAUGUGGGAGGUAGCAGAGAGUAUCAAGAGAAAAUACAGCAAGAUGUGCCAAAAAGGACAAAGUGGUACGCAGAAUAGUGUGUGGGUGUAUAGUGGUAUAACAAUAAUAUAUAUGUAUAUGUACAUUAAAAGAUCCGUACUUUGUUAAAUAAAGUGUAACUUUACCUGAUUUAUAACACAA